UGCUAUUUAAGGCACCGCUUAGGUGAAUUGUGUUGCAUACCGUCUGCACCCUCCGACGAGACUUCCAACUCACGACUCUCACCCUAGCAGGAUGCAGCUGUUGGUGUUCUACUGUGUGGCGCUGCUGGCCCCCCUGGCGGCUGGAGCGCCGCCCUCAGACCGCAACCACGUGCCGCCCAUCGCGUGUGAAGACAUGGCGCCCAUCCACGGGGACAACCAGCCCAGCGAGGAGCCGGCGCCCUACACCAUCUCCGUGUCCACCACCGCCGUGACCGCGGGACAGACCGUCACAGUGCACUUCUCGGGCAACACGACGUUCCGGGGCGUGUACGUGCAGGCCCGCCAAGGGGACCAGCCGGUGGGGCAGUUCCUCGCCAGCGACGUGGCCGGAGUCGCUCUGGACGACUGCGCGCCCGGCACCAGCAACGCCUUGGAAUACGUUUCGAGCGAAGACACUGAGGAACUGGAUGUCGAGUGGGUGGCGCCGGACAUUAACGACGUCAUCGUUUUCAGGGCGUCUUUCGUUAAGACCUUCCCCGAGUUCUGGGUCGGCGUCGAGUCCGAAAGUGUCACGGUCGGGACCGUGCAGAAGGCUUCCAAAAUCAUUCCUGCAUGAAGAUCGAAAAUACAUUACGUCGAUGGCGAAACUGUCGUGUAAACGAAUAGCUCCCAGGUGAACAUAACAAAAAUUAAAAAUAUAUUUGAUUAUUAAUACUGCCAAUAAUAAGGUAAUGCAGUACCUACUUGGAACAUUUAUAUUAAAGCUAUGAUACCGCUCUGGACCCUAAGAUUGAAGAAGUGCAAAGAUAACACCGCGACGCGACAAGAUAACUUCUUGCCUCUCAGACCUGGGAAGUAAGAUUAUGGUCAGACAGCUUGCUUUGUGUUCUGUUGAAUUGCGGCAGAAACCGAUGGUAUGGGAACGACAUCUACCUCACAUCCCCUCACAACCUAGACUGUAAUACAUUAUUUU